UUGAAUUCUUCGACUGCUAGUUAGUAGUUGGAUCUAGUUUGUUUACAAUACCGAAUGUCAAUCGAAAGAAUUAUUAAUGCCAAUCGAAAGAGUUAUUAUCAUAUUUAUCAAUAUUUAAUUAUUUAUCACUUAUUUGAAGUUGAAUCGAAUUCAAAAUUACAAAGUUUGUCACGAUAGCCUAUCAGUCGGAGAGCCGACGUGCCCGACGAGUAAAAUAUAUUUUACACACUACUUAUAUAAUGAAAAAGUUUUUGUAGCUAGAGUAAAGGUAAAAAAUAGUCGUGAGUAGAGGCGUUCUUUUCCACGGUUAAUAUUUUGUGUAAUCAUCUAAUGUAUAGCAUUCGUAGAGCUUCGUAUUGGUACAGUAAUGUUGAUCGUAUCUUUAAGCUUUCAACAUGUGCAAGGGAAUCAUCAGGAAUCAUUGGAAUGACGGUAGCUCAAGUGAUCAAAAAUUGGACUGAUGAAUUUCAAAGGAACAAAGUCCCAGAAGCUGAAGAUUCCAUAAGACACAUUUUGAGCAGUGUCCUAGGUCUAAAAAAUGCUGCUCACCUUGAAAUUGUGAGGAAUCAGAUUUUAACUCAAGAUGAAUAUCAGAUGCUACUUGUAAAGGCUGAUUUAAGACUCAAUAGGAAUCCAGUUCAGUACAUUAUUGGAGAGUGGGAUUUUUGUGGACUAACUUUAAAAAUGUGCCACACUCCACCUGUUUUCAUUCCAAGACCUGAAACAGAAGAUCUAGUAUCUAUUGCAUCUGAUAUUAUUGCACAACUAAUAUCUUGUGAUGAAAGAGAGAAAUCCUACAAUCCUCGCUGUUUUGAAAUUGGCUGUGGAUCAGGCGCGAUUAGCCUCGCUUUACUCAGUAAACAUGAGAAGUUGCGGUGCACCGCAAUCGAUGCAAACCCAGCAGCUGUCUCACUCGCGAGGUUGAACUCCGAACUUCUGGGGCUGGCAGAUAGAGUCUCUUUUUCUAUUGCCAAAUGGGAGGAAAAUGGUGCAAUUGGUCUCAACAGUUUAAAUUCCACAAAAUACGACAUUCUCGUUUCAAAUCCACCUUACAUCCCCACUAGUGAAAUAAGCGAUCUUGCUCCUGAAAUCGUUAGAUAUGAACCCCAUCUAGCAUUGGACGGUGGACCUGAUGGAACUCGUGUAAUUAAACAAAUUAUUCAACAUGCUCCGAAAUGGUUAAGGCAGGGGUCGUUUAUUAUUCUCGAAAUUGAUCCAAGACAAACUAAAAUGAUUCGGUUAAUUUCAGAAGAAUGUGGCAGCUAUUUUGGUAAAGUUGAUGUGCGUAAAGAUUGCUUCGGUGUUGAAAGGUUUGUUAUACUGAGAUGUAAAUGAGACGGUA